AUGAAACCAAGAGAAGCCUGGGGCCUUCCUAGACGCUUUCUUCCCGCAGCCGGACGAACCUUACGGGGACUUGCCCGCCAGGCACCUCUAGCACUUCCGUGGCAACCUAUCACUGAGCUUGAGAUUCAACGAUCUCUCAAAGCCGCAAAAGGAUCCACCGCACCUGGUGAAGACGGCCUGCCGGCGCUAGUCUGGAAACAGCUGUGGAGACACCUCAAGGUCUACAUCACAGGGAUCUUUGCCGCAUCCAUUAAAUUAGGAUACCACCCGAAUCGAUGGCGGAGCGCGAAGAUUGUGGUGCUACGGAAACCCAAGAAACCGGAUUACUCGGUCCCUGGGGCCUACCGCCCGAUCUCACUCCUUAACACGCUAGGAAAACUGCUUGAAGCGGUGAUGGCGCGACGACUGUCGUAUCUCUCCGAAAAACACGGUCUGCUACCGGACACCCAGUUUGGAGGGCGACCAGGCAGAACCACCGAACAGGCGCUUUUGGUCCUCUCCAAUGCGAUUGACCGGGCGUGGUACAAACACAAAGUGGUGACGCUAGUGGCAUUCGACCUGAAAGGUGUCUUCAACGGAGUCAACAAAGUGAGCCUAGACGCCUGCCUGCGGGCAAGGAGAAUCCCAACCGUGGCUAGAAGAUGGAUUGCGAGCUUCAUGAGCGACCGCCACGCUAGCAUAGGAUUUGACGACUUCCGCACCAACGCCACGCCACUAGCGAACGCAGGACUAGCACAGGGCUCGCCUCUCUCCCCUAUCCUGUUCACUGUCAACUCCCACGGCGGCGCAUCCGCCUUUAUCGAUGACUACUUCCGCUGGCGAGUAGGACGCUCAGCCGAAGAGAACCUAGCCAAGAUGCAAUCAGAAGAUAUUCCCCGUAUUGAAGCAUGGGCCCGUCGAACUGGGUCUUGCUUCGCAGCCGAAAAGACAGAACUGAUUCACAUCACCAGGAAGAGAAGCGAACAGCUCCAGGGUCAAGUGGUUAUGAACGGGAAGACAGUCGAACCGUCGCCCACGGCUAAGCUACUGGGGGUGGUCGACCACGAGCUGCGCUGGAAAGAACACGUCCAACAAGCCAUCAAACGCGCAAUAAAGGUCAGCAUUGCUUUGUGUGGGCUGCGGCAUCUACGCCCAGAACAGAUGCGACAGCUAUACCAAGCCUGCGUUACGCCGGUCAUGGACCACGCGUCGACGGUCUGGCACGAUCCUUUGCGAGACAAGACUCACUUGCGACACCUCAACACAGUCCAGCGAACCGCGUUGAUCUACGAAGUAGAGACGAUCAACCCACGACCGCUACCGCCGUGGCGAACAGAGUCCUUCACGGAGAUUGGGAUCGGGUCAGGCCGAGAGACGGCAAGAGAACGGGCCGAGACCGUAGGGUCCACAUCCGCCAUCGUGGUCUACCCUGAUGCCUCGGGGCGUGAGGGCCACCUAGGCGCCGCUGCCGUAGCACUCGACAAUAAGCUACAGGCUAUCGAAUCCCAACAGGUCCAAGUGGGACCGAUGGACCGGUGGUCGGUUCACGUAGCAGAGCUGAUAGGCAUUUUCUACGCUGUUAGUACAGUGUUCAAGAUCAGCCAUCAGCGCCCAAGAGCGGAACAUGAUGGAACAACCACGGCAACGAUCCUCUGCGACAGCAGAUCAGCGUUACAAGCAAUCCAGAACCCAGGUAACAAAUCAGGACAGCGCAUUAUCCACGCGAUCCUGCGGGCAGCCGCAGAGAUUCAAGCAAAGGGAACCGCGCUUCGUCUCCAAUGGAUACCUGGACACUUCGACAACCCAGGGAACGACGCAGCAGAUCGGCUAGCCAAAGAAGCGGCAAGCCUGGGCAAAACACACCCCUUCCGCCCUUUGCUGACAAGGAAGAGGGCGCUCAUCAGAGACACCAUCCACGCUCAGUGGGGUCGAGAAUGGAAUGCUUCUACCAAAGGCGGUCACUUGCGGAAAAUCGAUAGCACGCUGCCGGCAACCUACACCAGGAAGCUGUAUGGGAACUUGCCCAGGGGCCGGGCGUACCUGCUGACACAGCUACGCACGGGCCAUAACUGGUUAUCCACCUAUGCCAGGGCCUUCGGCUUCCGCGACAAUGAUCAGUGCGUGUGCGGCGCGCAAGAUACAGUCACCCACGUGCUGGUGGACUGCCCAAACUUGAGGGAAAUUCGACGGAAGUUAAGAAGUGAGGCUGGGGACGCGUUUAACAGCGUAUCAAGUCUGCUGGGAGGCUCAACUGACGGUAAGAGAGGUAAACCAGACACCGUGUCGCGGGCUAGGACGGUCAAGGCCGUGCUAGACUUCGCUGAGGCGUCACAACGAUUCAAAAGUCGCGCGCCAUGA